UCAUUAAUCAUUAGUAUUAUCAACCCUAAUUCUCUCUCUCUCUCUCUCUCUCCAAAACAAUGCAAACAGCUUCCAUUUGUUCCCUACAACUCCCCUUACCUCCCUUUUCCGGCAAUUCUCUACGACAGAAACCGAGUUCUAGCCAAAGAAGAAGAGCAUCCAUGACAGUUUUCGCAUCGAAAAAAGAUGCAUACGGAUAUGGUAGAGACCACAAUGGGAGGAUAGUUGACGAGAACAUGAUUGUGUUAAGGAAGAGAAUUCACGAGGCGAAAAUGGCAGAGACGAGGGACUACUACGAGUCAUCGACACCGCCACGUGAUUGUGGUUAUUGGAUGGAAUGGGAGAAGAAAUAUGCUGAAACAAGGUAUGAUUCGGAUAUAUGUGAAGCAAUGGCUGUUUUGCAGACAUUGUUGAUGGAGACUAGGCCGAGCUUGGUUGUGGGGAUGGUGGCUCUUGUUGGGUUCACCGUGCCGGCUUCGAUGGCUGUGGCUGUGUUUCAUUUGGUGGAAAUGGUCAAGGCCAUGUUAGGUUAGAUGGAGCUCAUCUUGGCUAGUUUAGAUUUACGUGGUUAUUUUGAUGGCAAAUAUAGAUGAAUUUCAAAGAUAGUAGAUAGAUAGGAUGUCUCUGUACACAAACACAACCCAAGCUCUUCAUUCUUAUUCUUUCUUUUUUUUUAAAAAAAAAAAAUUAAUUUGUUAUUUAUUCAACAAGUGCUUUAUCGUUUGUCUUCUUUUCUGCUACAAUUUGUACCGUUCUAGUUUUGAGGCUUACCCUUAAUCCUGGAAAAUGUUAUUUACAAUGCGAAUUUC